AAACGGCAGGUAGCGCUACCAGGUGAACGUUAGCGAAAACGUUUCAAGGACGAGCCUGGCGUUCAGUACAAUUCAAACCAGUGCUAGGGAUGGCUGUUCUUUAAAUAGACGGGCGUGGAACAGCCGUCAAUAGCUACCUUGCGAUGAGGUUGGUGCAAGUGCUUUCGUACCUACGUGUCACGCAUACGUUUACGUAAACUUUCUUGUAAAUGACAGUAGUAGACUGAUGACACGUUGAGGAGUGGGUCGACAUCUGUUUAUCGCGCGUGGGUUGUCGCAGGUGCUGACAGCGUCCAUGUGCGGUAGUCACAUGCAUACAGACGAACGCGCGUGUUUUGUGUGAGGGCGUUGCCCUGGAUACGAAGACAACGGUGGCGUCGAAAAUGGCGGCGACCGCGCUGAAGACGCCGUUGUUGUUGACAUUGUUGUCAGCGUUGUCAGCGCAGUUCGCUUUGUGUCAACAAGUGCCAGGUGGUGGCUACUACAAUAGGGACGGAGUGUUCGUACCACCGACCCCCGGGGACCCCAACUACAGGACUUACGUGCUCAAUGGUCGUCGCUAUGGUCUCAGCCAGCCGCCUCCCGAGUCGGCGUACGGCUACGACAGGAACAGGCCGGGCUUCGAAGACAGAUACCGGUACCAGCAGGACAACAAUGGCGUGCCGCUGCCGGGCGUGCUGGCGGGCUGGCGCCCGGACCUGCAGGGCAGGGAGCGCGCCGACUCGCGGCAGCUGGAGCGCGACGUGCUGGUGGAGACGAGCUACGGCCAGGUGCAGGGCUUCCGCGUCUACCUGUACGACAACCCGCUGCCCGAGUCGGGCUUCUGGCCCGGGCAGACGCCCGUGGAGCGCGUGCAGGCUAGCGUCUCCGUCUUCCUCGGCGUCCCGUACGCCAUGCCGCCCGUCAACGAGGGACGCUUCAAGCCACCAAGAGCACAUCGAGGCUGGCAACUUAUACAAGCUGUGGACUUUGGCCCUGCUUGCCCACAGCCAAUACAGUACAUAGGAGCAACAAAAGGAAUUCGCGACAUGGAUGAAGACUGCCUGUACUUAAAUAUAUAUUCACCAACAACAGCAUCAGGGAGAGCCCAGCCUUUUCCUGUUAUGGUUUAUAUACAUGGUGGAGAUUUUACCAGUGGUGCCUCAAACUUAUUUCCUGCUCAUAUGAUGGCUGGUUUUUAUGAAGUGGUUGUAGUGACUAUAAAUUACAGACUGGGAGCUUUAGGUUUCUUGAGCACAGGAGAUGAAAACUCACCUGGGAACUAUGGUAUCCUAGAUCAAGCAAUGGCUCUAAAUUGGAUAAAUGACAAUAUCAGGUUCUUCAAUGGAGAUUCUAAAUCAAUCACUCUGUUUGGACCUGGAGCAGGGGCAGCAUCAGCAGGAUUGCUUAUGGUGGCACCCCGCACAAGAAACCUAAUCAGCAAAGUGAUUGCACAGAGUGGCUCUGCAUUGGCUGACUGGGCAUUCACCAUAGACAAAUACAGAGCACAAAACACAAGCCGAGUAUAUGCCCAGCACAUAGGAUGCAGCAUUGAAACAUCAUGGAAACUGGUCAAUUGUUUGAAACAGGGGCGCUCCUACAUUGAUCUUGGAAACAGCAAGUUCCAGCCUCAGGUUGGUACCUUCCCUUGGGCACCGGUAUUGGAUACUAAUUUUACUAUGCCUGGUGACAGCUGGUAUGAGGGUUGGAAAGAAAGAGAUUGGAGAUUUCUCUCAGAAACACCUGAGUCUUUAAUCAAAAGAGGUGAAUUCAAUAAAGGUUUAAGCUACAUGACUGGUGUUACAACCCAAGAAGCAGCAUACAUGAUAUAUGAUAAUGACACUUUAGCACCUUACUAUACUGUGGACAAUCAAUUCUUUGAUCAAAAAAUAAGAGAGUUGGUUUUUCGUUAUAACUACACUUUAAAUCCUGAAGGGAUAUAUCAAGCAAUUAAGUACAUGUACACCUAUUGGCCUGAACCUAACAACACCAAUUAUAUCCGUGAUCGCUAUAUUGAUAUGAUGUCUGAUUUUCUGUACAGAGCACCAACAGAUAAAAUAGUGAAGUUACUUGUUGACAGAAAUGUACCCGUAUAUAUUUAUGUUUUAAACACAACAGUGGAGGCAUUCAAACUUCCUCAGUGGAGAAAAGUACCUCAUAAUAUAGAACACUACUUUCUAACAGGAGCACCUUUUAUGGAUGUUGAAUUCUUUCCAAGAAAACCACGCUUAGAACGCACCAUGUGGACACCAAAUGAUCGAAAUAUGAGCCAUUUCUUCAUGAAAGCUUACACUAAUUUUGCAAGAUAUGGGAACCCAACACAUACACAGAUCGUUGGCCUGCACUUUGACAUGGCUCGUAGUGGCCAGUUGAAGUAUCUCAACCUCAAUACGACAUACAACUCAACAAUCAUGCUCAAUUAUCGACAGACUGAGGCCGCAUUCUGGACUAAUUAUUUACCAACAGUAAUUGGUCGCUUACUUCCGACAUAUCCACCAUACACAGAGUUUUGGUGGGAACCCAAGGAACCACUUCAGAUAGCUUUCUGGAGUGUUUCAGGUGCUUGUCUGUUACUGAUUGUCAUAGUAGUAAUCUGUUGCAUUCUGUGGAGGAAUGCCAAGAGACAAUCUGAUCGUUACUAUGGGGGUGAUAUCAUGCUACGAGAUGAAAUGGGAGACACUCAUGAAGGAAUUGACAACCACAGUGCUACUAAUGUGUAUGAGUAUCGAGAUACACCACCGCCUAAACAAAAACAAAAACAGCAGCUCAAUCACUAUGAACAGAGGAGGAGUGCUAGUACUCCCUCAUUAAGGACUGGCAGUGCAAUAUCAUUGAAAGACUCUAGCAGUUUUACAACCAGCAGUCCAACUGGUGAACCACGAAAAGUUCCAGAACAAAGAAAUACACCUGUUGUUCCAAGGAAGCCGAAAACUCUUUUGGGAGAAGAUGGUGUGCCACAAACACAAGUUUAAAAUGGCAGUGCUACUGAAUUAUAUACGUAUGAUCUCAUAAGAGUUAAAGCCAAUAAUCAUUAGAUGAUUAGAAACAAAGCAGAAAUAUAGUACAAAUGGCAUCUGAUGUUUCUACUGUUAAACUUCACUUCAUUCUUUAGUGAUGUGUGAAGUAUGAGAUAUACAUCAUAUAGGUUUAGUGAAAAGAAACAGUCCUUACAUGUCAUCUGCACAAGUGAAAACUACUAUUCUUUUAGAGUGCCAUACAGAUUUUUGUCAGCUAUGAUGUAUUUUUGUGCAUACUAUUAGUUACUCAAGCUUUCGACAAGAGGCUUUACAUACACGAAGAGUUGGAGUGAUUCCUAUGAACAUAAAGACUGGUUUUGAAAUAUUUUUAAGCCUCAAAUUGUGAACAGUUGGAGUACUCCUGCUAGUUCAUAUUGCAACAGCAUUCCAAUGUAUUGUUGUUCAGCAUAUUUUAACUACCAGAAAACCUGAGCAAUGUCAAAGAAAUUUCAUUCAACUACUACAUAUUAUUUUUGUGAUGCAGCCAUAGAUUCUAUACAGACAUAGUAACAUCUAUACAUUCAUAUUUUUACUUAAAUUUAUGACCCAUUUUCAUAUUCAAUUUUAAGGAUAUUCACUUAGGUGUUGUGAAGAAUUUGCCCUAUACAAUAUCACCAUUUAUAAUCCUUUUCGUAAUGUGUCUCACCAGAAAUAUUUCCUUAUUUUUUGUUUUGAUCCAUUUGGCCCUUAACAUAUAUAGACUCUCAGAUUUAUGUUGGAAGUAGUUGGACUGCUAGUUACCUAACUGUCAUAAAUUUCUAGAGUAUUCAGUUUUUACUUUAAUUUCACAACAGAUCACAUGAAUGCCAGACCCUCUUGGGCUGUAUUCUAUUUCUUAAAAUGUGAGAUAAAGUUGUGCAGGUAGCAUUCACUGGCAUAAUUUGAUAAUAUUUGUCUCUUGAUACAGUUAGACACUCAGAUUUAUGUUGGAAAAAUUUGGACUGCCACCUAGUGAAUAGUGAUAAAUUUCUUGAAUAAUCAGUUUCUUUUACGUUCAACUUCACUAAACGAUACAUUCAGCACUAUCUCAACGUAUUUUACAUUUCAUAAAAUGUGAGACAGAAUUUUGCAAAUAGUGCACACUGUCAUAAUUUGGUGAACUAGUGAACAUUGCACUUUUAUCAGUAUGCAAGGAUAAGAUGUACAGAAAAAAAUUCAUCGCAGUUUGCCUAUUUGUGACAGGAAGCUCUAUUGGCCAAUGUUAACUUGAGAUGAUUACUUCAAAUAAUGGGAACUUAAAAAAAUAACAGUAACUGGUGAAUUGAAAACUAAACCAAAAUAUUUGAAAAAGGAGACUGUAAUACAAGAAAUAAGAGCAGAUGAAAAAAUUAAAAGAUGAAAUACUUUUAAAAAAUAUUUAAUCAUUUAAUAUAACAUUACAUAAACACUCGGAGCUGUUGAUCUGUUUCUCAUUAUGUACUUAUAAUAAAAAGAAAUUCCUUAUCAAGAAUUUCAACAAGUAUUCAGUGCCCAUAACAAACUGUCACUUUAAAUCACACUGAAAUUGCUUUAUUAAUUGAACUUCAAGUAGAUUUUAAUUUUAUGAAAUUGGAGAUGAAAUAAUGAAUAGUCACAGAUCAUCAGUCAUAAUCACAUGUGUUUCAACAAUCUAAGGAAAAGGGUAGACUGCUACUUAGUGUAAAGAUGACACACAGUGAGUGUCAUCUUUAUGGUGUGUGUGUCAUCUUUAUGGUGAGUAAUCAUCUUUACAGUGAUGAGUAGCAAUCUAUCCUUUUCCUUAUUUUGUUGAUAUUCUAACUUGAAAUUUCCAUUGUUUCACAUGUACUUCAAGUGCAGAUAAUUGCAUCAUCACCAUAUAUUUGCAUUUAAUCAACAUGCAUACUUCUUUGAUUAUUAAAGGCCAACUUUGUAAUAUACAUUAGCAAAUGAAUUAAAUAAUCAAAGGUUCUCUGCUUCAUACAUUAACUAAAGACAUUUUUUUAAUAAUGGAAUAAGUUGCUUACAGUUAGUCUAGUCAGAAUGUUGUUGAUGAACUGAAACAAGAUGUUUAUAAUCAUAAAAGUAAAAAAAAAGAAUGUAGAUAUUUUUGCUUUCAAAAACAGCACAUGCAAGGGAAUAUUAACAUAACAUUUUAAAAAGCUGUGAAAAUGUAAAAUACUGAGACAAAAUGGCAUUCAAGUGUGGAAGACAAUUGUCAGCUUCUCAGCAAAAGAUAAUGAUUACAUCAAGAAAGACGAGCUCUUUAGGUUGGGUAGUUUGUGUUAUCUUUUCCCAGAAAGUAUCUAUAUGCAACGGAUAAAUACUGUACUGUAACAGAAAUAUAAAUAUUGUACAUAUUGGAAGACUGUUAUUUAGCAUAAAGAAUCCAAAAGAUAGAAUGGUAUUUGCAUAAUCUUCAGAAUACCUAUUCUGAGGACUUUAAGAGCUAAAUACAAGGUGAAAAUGGGUAGGAACUGGUUCCGUCUGGACAUAGUAGCAUUUCCAUCCAUCUCAGCAGAACUGACACUAGUGUUAUAAUGUGUUUUCUCCUUCAAAACACUGUGUAUUACUCAUAUAAGUUGUCAGAAUGUGUUUGGUGAAUGUGCCUUAAAAAAAAAAAAAAAAAAAAAAAAAAAAAAAAAAAAAAAAAAAAAAUAAACUCAGAAUUUGAUUUGAAAGUAUCUAUCAGCAAAACUUAAAAAAGAUACAUUUUUGUAUCUCAAAUUAUGUAUAUUGCUUUUGAGAAAUUUCAUAGGGAGUUCUGGUGUACAUACAUAUACUCUUUGUGUUACCUUUUCAAAAUAUUUACAUGUCGUUGAAGAAAAAGGUUCAGUGAAUAUGAAGCAAGUUUUCCAGAAUUGAAUAAAAUUUUUUUUGCUGAUACACUAUAACUGACAUGGAAUCUGCAUUUCAUAAUAGCAAAAAACCAGUGAUCAGCAGCAAGCAACUACUUAAACUGGAGUGGGGGGGGGGGGGGGGCUGAGGCUGAUUUACAGUUCUCACAAUUCUCUACCUAGUUUGAGUUACAGAUACAGAAGAACAAGUGCAAAGCAUUGGUUCAUGUAUAGGUGUGUGCACUUACUAGUAAAUAUCCAGGAUAAGUUUCUAGAUAAUUUUUAGAGUGACACACAAAUAUCAGGCUAAAACCUUGACGAUCCUAACUUUUCAGUAAUUUAGCACUACUUUUGUGGUAUUCAUCUGCCUGUUGGAAACAGUGCUGCAUUGUUGUCAUUACUGUGAAGGUAGAAAUUACUUGCACAACUAUGGCAAAGCUGAGCAUUAUCUGUCCUAAAAAUUAGUCACUGACUACUUAUUACUUUAUUAAAAAAAUAACCAUAUUUAUGUACAAAAGGAACACAAUACUUAACUAGGCUCUUUCACUGUGGUUUACAUUUUUAUCUUAUUAUCUGAAAUGCUGGAACAAGUUUGGUACACAGAGAGGUAAACAGAACAUACUUUUAGUAAACUGUGCUUAUCUUAGCAGUAAUUUUUUUUAAAUUGAUGCUUAUGUACUAAAUCAGUCCCUGUGUAUUGCCUACUGCAUAAAAUGGAACCUUACACAUGUGAAAUAAGAAAUCUAUUUUUUACUGUAAUAAAUUAACUAUAAUGACAAUGUGAACUGAUCACGUUAAUGUAAAAUUUAGAAAUUUGAUACUUCAACUAGUCCAUUUUGAAUAAAACUGAGAUCUAAUUUUGCGCUGUUUACACUCAUUUUCUUGAAGUGUACAUAAUUAUUGAAGAAACAUUUGUCUUGCAAGCUAUCAUGCCUGCAACAUAGUGCAGAGGACCCAGAUUUUAUUUAUCUUGCUGAUCACUCCAUACACAGUAGUCAAGGAAACUGUGCUAUCAUGCCUCAUAGUCAAACAACGCAUGGAUAUUUUUUGUGCUUAUUUAUGUUUGUUUCAGUACUGUGUUAAUCUGGAAUAUGUACAUUUAAUGACUGAUAAAAACCUUCAAUUUUGCAUAAAUUGCUACUGUAAUGAGUGAGUAUACUUUUUUAAAAUUACAAGGGAAACACUUCUUCCUGGAACAUUUUAUUUAUAUACAAAUAUAAUUUUAUUUAGGGAUAGUAUUUAUAAAUAAUAGUGUGCAUGUGAAUUUGUGUGAAUGUGUGUGCACUAUUGUGUAUAUAUGUGUGCACUCUGUAAUUGUUUCUUUUUGUGCCUGAACAUAUCUCUUGGUUAGAGGAAGUGCCAAGGAUCCGUCCAUUCCUUAAAGUCUCUGUUGAUUGUUCACCUAUGUUAAAAUUUUAUAAUUCUUGUUUGUAUAUACUGAUAACUGUUUUUGUACUUCAAUAAAAUGUUUUGUGUGAAAACA